AUGAGACGCAACUCGAACGACAUGCAGGUGAAUGUGGCCGGCAUACGGCGCAACUUGAAAAAUUUUGCGCACAACUACUCGGACGCUCAGAAGAAGGUGCGCGAGGCGACAUCGAACGAUCCAUGGGGCCCGAGCAGCACCAUCAUGGCCGAGAUAGCCGAUCUCACCUACAAUGUGGUUGCUUUCAGCGAAAUAAUGCAGAUGGUAUGGAAGAGGUUGAACGAUCACGGACGGAACUGGAGACAUGUCUAUAAAGCCUUGAUGCUAUUGGAAUAUCUAAUCAAAACAGGAUCAGAGAAAGUUGGACAGCAAUGCAAAGAGAAUAUCUUUGCCAUACAGACCUUGAAGGAUUUCCAGUAUUUGGAAGAAGGCAAGGACCAAGGCCAGAACGUGCGAGAAAAGGCGAAGCAGCUGGUGAAUCUGCUGAAGGACGACGAGCGGCUGAAGAACGAAAGAGCACGUGCGCUCAAAGCGAAAGAGCGGUUCGCGCAAAGCGCCAGCGGCUUCGGUAGCGACGGGGGCCUAGAUACGCCCAGCAGCCCCAAGUUUCCCGCUUUUAGGGGCGAUUGGGGCAGCCGGGACGCAGUCGAUUUGCCGAGAGACAUCGAGGUCGCCAGACCGCAGACUGCCGGCGAAGAGGAGCUGCAAUUGCAAUUGGCCCUGGCCAUGUCUCGGGAGGAGGCCGACCAGGAGGAGCAGAAGAGGAAAUCCGACGACGUGCGACUCCAGUUGGCUUUGAGCCAGAGCCAACAAGAUUUCAAGGUUGCUCCCCAGCCAAGCCAUUUAGUUGACUUGUUAGAUGUGAAUUUAGGGGAAUCCCCACAUGUGGAUCCAUGGGGUUUGCCACAGCCACCUAGGCCACAACCAUCCACCCCGUGGCACCCCGCUUCGGCCACCUCGCCCCCCGAGGCCCCCCUCGCCGACCCGUGGGCGCCUGCCGCGGCCCCGCGGGCGGACCCAUGGGGCGGGCCCGCGCCAGCGCCGUCGCCCGUGCCGCCCUCGUCGCCCGCCAAGCAGGACCCCUGGUCGCCGGCCGCCCACAGUCCCGGAGACCUCGACGACUUCGAUGUGAUAACCAAUAGAAAUAGGACGACUUCACCUAAAACCAAUGGUGCCAAUAAUGGUCAAACUAGCGGGGAUCCUUUCGAGUUGAACCUUCUAGGAGAAAUCCUUCCAACCGCGACGGCACUGUCCACGGGAGACUCGGCGACAGGGGCAACGAAAAAGACGCCGCUGAGCUUCCUAGGAGAGAAUUCCGCCCUGGUCAAUUUAGACAAUCUAGUUACAAGUAAACCGCUGAACCCGACGCCGGUGGCGAACCCCUUCGCGGGCCUGGAGCAGCCAGCGCCGACGCAGCCCGCGGGGGCUGCCCAACCGCCCCGGCAGGCAUUCAACACGACGCCGCCGCGGCCCACCAUCAACGAGAUCAAGCAGCAGACGUUCGCGCCGUUCGGGGGCGGCGCUGCGGCCGCCCUUGGGCACUUUGGGCAGCCGGCGUACGGCAGCAACGGGAGCGCCUUCGGGGCAGCGCCACCGCCCGUCCAGGAUCCUUGGGCGCCAGUUACCACUACCAAUGGCACAUCCAGCGGGUCCUCUCCGUGGACGUCGAAGACCAACGAGCCUGCCAAUCCCUUCUUGUCUUAACAUACUUUCAGUGAACACAUCAGGAUUGGUAAACAUUUCGGGAUUAUUGAGAAUAAUAAACAAUAAUGGUGCAGAGUACUAUAGUUGCUAUUUACAAAACCGGUAA